AUGGACAUGCCCCCAGUUCAACAACAACCACAACCACAACAGCCUCAACCACCAGUCUCUCCUAUAAUCCCCAAACAACCCAGAACUUCUGCAUCCAGGUCUAAAAAGAAGACAAAGUCUGAUGCAGCCCCCUCUACUGCCAAAAGAACAAGAACCUCUGUUGCUACACAUGUUCUGAAAGCAAACUCUGAUGUGCCGACAAACGCUGAUGAGCCAGUAAACUCUGAGGCUCAUUUAAACUCUGAGGCGAAAGCAAACUCUGAGAUUCCAGUAAACACUGAAGCUGCUUCUCCUCCAAAGCAGAAAAGAAGGAGGCUUGUUGCAGCAUAUGAAUAUGAUGAUUUGGAACCUACUCCUGCAACAACCUCUGAACCUGUUCAAACCAGUCCUCAACAAAAGCCAGCCAGAUUCAAAAGAAGGGCUCAAAAGCCUGCAAGGGCAAAAGUCCCAAUCACUGAAAUAACAUAUUUCACAGUUGAGGAAGGGCAAACACCAUCCACUCCAGUUGCUGAACAUUCUCAAGCACUGAUGGUGCUUCCUAUCCAAGCUGUUCCUCUGACAUCUCCUACAGCAUCUUCUACUUCAUCUGAGGUAGAUGAAGAAAUUGUUUGCAAGGAGCACACUACAGCUGAAGCUGAAACAGCAGUGUCUGAUCCCAAAACUCCCAUAUCUGAUCAUGGAACCCCAACUCCAAUUCCUCAAUCCCCAAUGAAGAUUCCUGAGGAUGCCAUUGUUCAUGAUACAGCUCCUGAAAACUACAGGUCAGAUACUGUAGUUGAAGAAUCUGACAAGGUUGUGAUGGAAGCACUACAGUCCCUUGCAAUGACUGGUGCAGAAUCUAUUAAGCCAAACUCUGUUGCUCCCAUUACUGAGUCAGAUAAAGCAAAGUCUGUUCUUGAUCCUGUUCAAGAUGCUGAGAAAUCUACACAAGCUGAUACUGAGGAUGAUGACAGUUCAGAUGAUGACAAUGAUGAUGAAGCUCCUUUGUCACAUCAACAACAAAAGUGGGAGUCUACUAGCCAAUGGUCUCAGAACAGAAGUGGCUAA